UACUAGUGCAGCGUUGGUCUCGGUCGGAUCGUUCCCUCCGGAAAGCCCCGUCGUCGUUGUCGUCGUUGACCGUCCUUGCCGAUUCACGCGAAGCGUGUGUGUGUGGGAGUGCGAGCGAGAGGGAAGUUCAUUACGCGACGCGCGUAUUAUUGUGUCGAUUUGGCGCGUGUGGUCGCGUGUGUGUGUGCGCGCGGAUAACCGCCCACCUCUUCGGGUACCCCUCCCAGUAAGGGGGGUCAGAUCUUUCAGAACCACAGCUUUUAAUUCAUUCAAACCGGCAAACCGCGGUCCCCGCAAACCGCCGCCAUUGUGUUUCCACCGCGCGGUGUCCACCCCCUCGGGUUUUGACCGUUCUGGCCACGGCCGAACCAGUGAACCAAUCAAGCGUGCUAAAACCAGUGAAGAAAAGAGGAAAAAGUUAAACAAAACUUGUGAAUUUCUGGUCUAGGCAUCAGUGAAAGCGCGGAAUUUCGACAGUUGAUGUCGAGUUGGAGUGCCGACGGCGAAUUCUGGGAAGUCAGUUUUGACAGUUGCCGACGGCAGUUUGGAUUACCCCAUUUGAGCAGAAGGAAGAAUUCCGACGCAGAGAGAUUAAUCAGCGCGGCUGAGAAGAAGAAGAAAAACCUAGCGGAAGUGUUGUUAUUGUUGUGAGAAGCGGAUUAGAGAAGGCGGUGAGAGAGGGAGAAGAGGAAAAUUACAAACAAGAGAAGAGUAAGAGAAGAAGGGGGAAGAAAAGUGGAAUUAAUUUGUUUCUUUUUUUUUCUCGUAAAGAGCGGGAAAGAGAGCAAUAGAAAGAGCGAGAGGAAAUUGGUUUGCAGCCGCCCCAGGUCUUUAUUAGCGGUCAAUUUUGGGUGGAAGCCCCGUCGGAAAGUGUGGAUAAUUAAACGUGUGCAAGUUUCGGUCAAUUACUGGCCGCGCCGCUGAAAUUUUUUUUCGGGGGAGCGAAAGUGUGAGUGAAUCACCCCCUUGGUUAAUUGGUGGUGAGCACGCCAAUGAGUGUGUGUGCGUGAGCCGAAGCUAAUUUGAUUAAAUAUGCCGUUGGAGCAGCCGCCGCUGGAGCAAACCGCCGAGUUCGGUAGCCGCCGCCUACUGAUCUGUCAGCUGCGCUAGCCGCCUAUUGUUCUCGCCACGCCGUGAGAAGGAAGGAGAAGAUUGUUUUGGAUUACCAGUGAGUGCUUUGAGGAAGAGUAAAAGUGUCGCGCAAAUCGUUGUGAAUCGUUGAAGAACCCCCGUUGAAAGUCGAACAUCCAGAACCAUGUACCCGAACGCCGGAAUCAACGCAGCGGCCGUCGCCGCCCGACACCCGGGCCCUCCUCAGUCGGCGCAACCGUUCAAAUUCACCAUAACCGAAAACUGUGAUAGGAUAAAGGAGGAGUUCAACUUCCUCCAGGCACAAUAUCACAACCUGAAAAUGGAAUGUGAAAAAUUAGCUCAGGAAAAAACGGAAAUGCAGCGGCACUAUGUGAUGCGACCGGGUCGUCCUCCCCACUGGGAGAUUCCGGUCCUAUGCCAAAGUUCCCAUUUUCACACGCCAUUUAUCAAAUUGCAUUCGGAGCGUGACCGGCAUCGGCAGGUCGGCCAUCCUCUGGUCAACAGAAGAGGACCGUACGGAAAAAAUGCAAACAUUCUCCCGAGAAUUCACCGCCGUCCUCGUCGUCUGCGAGAGUUUGAAAAUUUUGCAACCGGGUUGUGGGAAAGGUCUUUCGGAGAAAUAGCGCAAAUAGUUGGAACAUUCCACUCACACAUUCCCCCAUCUCCGAGUAGAUUCCGACGGAGGGAUGGAAAAAAAAGUCCAACCGAACGAACGAUGACCCUUUCCCCGAUAUCCUCGUGUGAACCAAUUCAAUUAUGCUUCAUUUUCACGAGUUUACCUUUGUCUUCUUUUUUCUUCUUUUUUUCGCAGACGGAAAUCUCCAAGAGGUUAAAUGCAAUAAUCACCCAGAUCGUCCCGUUCCUGUCCCAGGAGCACCAGCAGCAGGUCCUGACGGCGGUCGAGCGGGCGAAGCAGAUCACCAUGUCCGAACUGAACGCCGUGAUAGGGCAGCAGCAACGACCCGACCUGCCCCGGUUGCUGCAGCAGAUGCACGCCCAGCAGAUUCCGGGCGCCCACGGCGCUCCCCCCAUGCCCGUGGGCAUGCCCCACCCUAGUCUGGGUCCGGGCGGACUCGGCGGUCCGCUGGGUGCCCUCGGGUCAACCCCACCGCAGCAUCCGCUGGCCAUCCUGAACAAGCAGGAGCUGCACCGGCCCGAAGAGUCCAAGUCGAGCAACAGCAACAUCAUGCCCCUUGACGAUCGGCAUCGGAGUUCGAUCUCACCCACCGACCGGGACAAGUACCGGCCCCGGACGCCCGAGUCCACCCACGAACUGAAGAAGGUCAAGAAGGAGGAGAAGGACAUGGGUCAUUCGGACGGGGAAAAGUCCGACCAGGACCUGGUGGUGGACGACGCCUCCGAGAUCAACCCGAUGAGCCCGAUGCCGAACCAGCAUCACAACGGAACCGCCUCGCCCCGUGAAAACGGCAUGAUGCCAAAAAAGUUAGACGUUCAAGACCGUGAACGCAUCGGCACGCACUCACCCCGAUCCGGCACCUCCUCGAACGCGUCGACCCCCUCCAACAAAAAGAUGGACGACAAACCGACGACGCCGAUCGCCAAACCCGCCACACCCACCAACUCCGCCGCCAACAGCAACGGCGUCCCGAAGGGAGUCGGAGUCAACAAACCGCCGGUGCUGAACCCGGGGGGCUACCCGCCGUACCUCGGGGGACCCUUGAAUGGAGCUCCCCAUGAACUGCAGGCCGCCUACGGCGGACCCGGAGUGCACAACAACCUGCCCCACUCGCUGAACAACUACGGCAGGGCGCCGCUGGCGUUCGAUCCGCAUCCGCAGAUGCGGGCACCGCUCGGACCGAUUGCCAUCCCCGGAGGAAAGCCUGCCUAUUCGUUUCACGUGAACGCCGAAGGUCAAAUGCAACCGGUGCCCUUUCCCCAGGACGCCCUGGUAGGACCGGGGAUUCCGCGGCACGCCCGCCAAAUCAGCUCGCUCAACCACGGGGAGGUGGUGUGCGCCGUAACGAUCUCGAACCCCACCAAGUACGUGUACACGGGCGGCAAGGGCUGCGUCAAGGCGUGGGACAUCUCCCAGCCCGGCAACAAGAACCCGGUCUCGCAGCUGGACUGCCUGCAACGUGACAACUACAUCCGCUCGGUGAAGCUCCUCCCCGACGGCCGAACGUUGAUCGUGGGCGGUGAAGCGUCCAACCUGUCCAUCUGGGAUCUGGCCAGCCCGACGCCCCGCAUCAAGGCCGAACUGACGUCGAACGCGCCCGCCUGCUACGCGCUCGCCAUCUCGCCCGACUCGAAGGUGUGCUUCUCGUGCUGCUCCGACGGCAACAUUGCCGUGUGGGACCUGCAGAACCAGACGCUGGUGCGGCAGUUCCAGGGUCAUACGGACGGUGCGUCCUGCAUAGACAUCAGUGCGGACGGAACAAAGCUGUGGACCGGUGGGCUGGACAACACGGUGCGAUCGUGGGAUCUGCGGGAGGGACGGCAGCUGCAGCAGCAUGACUUCAGCUCGCAGAUCUUCUCGCUCGGAUACUGUCCAACGGGCGAAUGGCUCGCCGUCGGCAUGGAGAACUCCAACGUCGAGGUGCUGCACGCCACCAAGCCGGACAAGUACCAGCUGCACCUGCACGAGAGCUGCGUGCUCAGCCUCAAGUUUGCCGCCUGCGGCAAGUGGUUCGUUUCGACCGGCAAGGACAACCUGCUGAACGCGUGGCGAACGCCGUACGGUGCCUCGAUCUUCCAGUCAAAGGAAUCGUCCUCCGUGUUAAGCUGUGAUAUCUCGGCCGACGACAAGUACAUCGUGACCGGUUCCGGAGACAAGAAGGCCACCGUGUACGAGGUCAUCUACUAAACAAAAAACUAAAGCAAGCAACCAACUAAGGCCGAAUGAUCUCUCCCUACCCGAUUUUUGUUGCGGUGGAUCGAAGCCGCACCGAAAGUGUCAUAAAGCCGAGUUCGAACUCGCCUCCCCGGAACCGGGAAAACAAAACUAAACCUAGACAAUGAAACAUUAAGUUAAAGAGAUGAAGAGAGA